GUUGCACCGCAAUUACGUUACACGAUAUAACCCCGCACCGUCGUCGCGAGGCUGAAGUCUAAUAAGUCAGCCCGUAUCAAAAGCGCUAAGAACAAUACUGGAUGCCCUAGAGGAUUCCAGAUCAAAACACAGGCUGAACCUGAACCAAACAUCUCAACGACCAAGCAGAACAGAAGCCAUGAUGGAUCUACACCACCAAUCCCACUUCUCAGCCUUCACGCGCUUCUCGGAAAAGCUCAAAGACACCACCAACCGGCGCAAACAAAGCACCUCAAGCCACUCCAUCCGCAACCCAUCCAUCAGCGGUGGCAUCCCCCCAGACGCAGACACAGCAUCCAUGCGCUCCUGGGACUCAGAGCUCUCACGAGACAGCCGGCGCAGCAGCAUAGGAAACUACGCGGACCGCGUACGCCAAAUGUUCACUGCAGGCUCCACGCACCCGGGCAGCGGCCAAAGAAAACGCAUGACAGACCUCCCUGCGGAGGUCCUUCAGCACGUGUUCAUCCACCUCGACUUCUGGGAUUUACUUCGCUGCCAGCGCGUAUGCAACGUAUGGCGGCAACUCAUCCCAGGCGACUCCCCUUUACUCGCAGAGAUGCUGUACCUAAAACCCUCCCGCAGCUUGCAAAUCUACAAUCUCGUCCCUACGACAUUCGACUUUGAACUCGACAUUACGCCGCAGAGUAUAGAAGAUGGGGUGCAACCGUCCGGCACGCGGUUCUCAGUCGGCGUGCGCAAUGAGAUUAGUCUGAUGAGGAGGUGUUUGGGGCUCAUACGGACGAGCCAGGAGAUUGUUUUUCAUCCUGUGGUUAUGGACUUUAAUGUUUGGGUUAAGAGUGAGAGGGUAUUGGGUUGCAAGGAGGGGAGCUGGAGGGAUAUGUUGGUUUCUAUGCCGCCGUUGAGGGAACUUACGCUUAGGCAUGGGAAGAAGAGGAGUGUGGUUAAGGUGUUGACUGUAGGGGAGGACGAGGACGGGGUGAGGUUGGGGGCGCUUUUUGAUGCUAUGGAUGAGUGGAGAAGGACGUUGAGUUGAGAGUGGGGAUGUUUUGGGGUAGAGAUGCCGGUUCAUCUUGCCGCUGGACGACGACAUACAGACUUGCUUUGGCGAGUGUACGAAUAUAUCGCAUUAUAUGCUUCUCAGCACUUUACAUUUGCAGCAGCUACUUCAAGAGAUAUUUAGCAAUAACAAUGAACGCUUUCACUCAACACCACAAGACAACACAAAUUCUCUCAACCACCCUUUCAUCGAAGGCUAUAGUCUCGAGAUCUCAAUCUACAAGUUCGACGUAUGCCAAACCUGUGUUUGAAGGGAAAUUCUUUUAACCACCCUUUCUAUCAAAGGUUGUAGUAUGAAGAUUAUAAAGAACAUGUUCCUUCGACUCGAU